AUGGCAGAACCUUCCUCCAAUGUCACAGUAUCCCUUCUCCCAGUAUCCCUCUCCCUAGUACACAUCCCUCGCUCUCGUCUACCCCAACUAUCACAUCCCGUCCUAAGGCAGAUCCUACAGCCAAACCCCACCUUCAUCAAUGUCACCUGCAAUGAGAUCGAACUUAGUCUUUUCGCUGAAUCUCACAUGCUAGCAGAUUUCGAACCCCGAUCUCGCUCUGGCUCUGGAUCCGGUUCAAAGCGUCCUCACUCUGUAUUGCCCCAAGACCACCUCGAAAUAUCCUACGAAAAGUGGAAUGUUCUUCAAAUCGACUCUCAUUCUGAUCAGCUCGACAGCUCCGGAGCCCGUAUACAUGAGCUCUCCGCACCGUUAGCUGCAGCUGGAAUCUCUAUCCUAUACCAGUCCUCUUACUUGAGCGACUUCAUAUUUGUAAAGGAGUCAAGACUCCAGGAGGUCAUGUCUUUGCUCGGAUCAACGGGAUUCGAUCUCUAUUCUUCUGACCCGGAACUACUCACUUCUAGAGUAGUCUCCCCAUUGCUCUCCCCAGUCUCCCCCGACGACUCUUCCAUCUCCGACGUAGCCCAGGAUAUCACGGUUGAAUCCGGCGCCAUUCUGACCCGCACAAGGAAUAGUCUCGACCCCGUUUCUGCUGCUGCCAUUAGUUUGCAGUGCAUAAAUCUCACGACAUCACCUAACGACUCACCAACAAACAGUCCGACUCAUCAUAAACCUCCAUCACGUCACAAAUCCCACUCCCCAACCUCGGGGGAAGUGCGCGUGUUGACUCCCAACCUUGCUUGUGUCGGCCUUUCUGAUGACAGUGUUGACACGUGGGGACUCAAGAUCGUAAAGCUCGUAGCGUUCCCUGAGUUGAUCCCCGUCAAAGAACCCCCCUCACGGUCACGCAAGUCACAGUCUCGCAACGCCCGCCCUACCGACGGAGUUCCGCUAUCGUUGUCAAGUCGAAAACGAUAUUCAGAUUCAUCAGAUUCAUUUUUUUCUUCGAGCGACGAUGAGGAAGAAGGUUACUUUUCUCACUCUCCUCUCGGAAACCUGUCAUCCAUUUCACUGCAGUCUUCCGCUGCUUCCCGGUCCUUCCCAGAUCUAUCUAUUUCUGUCCCUUCUCAAACAGGACCUUUCAAACCCUCUGUAAAACACAUCAUUGCACCACUUGCACCACUCUCUCCACUUGAACCAAAGCCAGCAUCACAUCGUAAUCCCACUUUCCACCAUAUGGAUCCAUCGGCCGCCAUCAAGAAGCCUGUAGAUGACACCAUACGUGGCAUGGUUCCAUUUUUCAGCUUCACCCGUACACAAGAAGGCACCUCAUUAACGACUGAUGUUUCUCUUCUUGCCGCCCUAUUUCCUCCGAAUGAGCGGCACAUGAUGAUUUGCGCUGGCGAACUUGAUGCUCUUGAUGCACAGAGUUCGAGUACAGAUUCAGACUCCGAGGACGACGAGGACACGCUUUCAUCAGGUGGUGCCCUGAAAUGCUUGCAGAUAGAUCUGCGCAGAUUCGGGCUUGAUAAACAUGGCUUAGUGAACCGCUUUUCGCGGGUCUUGGAACAAAAUGGUAUCAACCAUAUGUAUAGCUCGACCUAUAAAACGGCUAAUCUACUAGUUUCUAAAGCACACGCCAAUCGUGCCCGAGCCUUACUGAAGGCUUGUUAA